AUGGAGCUCGAAGCAACGCUUGGGAUUCGGCUAUCAUUGGCCUCGGACUGCACACCGUUACUUGCUUAUACGCUCUACAAGGGUUGGAAAACGUUUCGUCAUAUUAGUUUCUACGUAAUCACAGUGCAGCUACAGUGGUGCGAUAUUUGUGCCUUAUUUCUGGAUCUUUAUAUUGCUGUCCCACUUUCUCUAACCGGCUAUCAGGCACGUAUUUAUGUUAAUAGAGGUGCCUCGAGGUGA